AUGGAUUGCUUCGAAGAAAUUCUUGAAACGCCGGCGAUUGCCUACGAGCUCCUAUUCAAGUCGGUUGCUGCGAUACCCUUGUCCCAUUAUUUGGUGGGGACGAUCCUGUUUCUCGUUGUGUUUUGGUACAAUUUUCUGGAGUUUCAUUUUUUUCAGGAUCUUUUUACUGGCUUUCGUGGUGGUCCCGUGUUGCUGACGUACAACCCCAGCUCCGAGAUUUACCAUGGGGUUGUGGCCAAGUGUAGGGCGCUCCAUGGGAGGUACCUGGCUACUCCCUGGCUCUCGAGCCCACAUAUCCAAACUUCAUUUGUAAACUUCUUGGGGAGGCCACCCGUGUUUGCCUACAGAAGGCAGAUGUUUCAUGCACCUGAUGGUGGGACGUUUGCUCUGGAUUGGCUAUUGCAUUCUGAUGUUGUGCAUGGAGUAGCUUCUACAAAUAAUAAUGCGAUCGCCAAGGAUGAUAAAACUCCUAUUGUGGUUAUGAUCCCGGGUCUAACAAGUGAUUCAGCUUCUCCUUAUAUGAAACACCUUGUCUUUGAUACUGCAAAAAAUGGAUGGAAUGUGGUGGUCAGCAAUCACCGGGGUCUUGGUGGUGUCUCAGUUACCUCCGAUUGCUUCUACAAUGCCGGAUGGACCGAAGAUGCACGCCGAGUGAUUAACCACCUACAUCAUGAGUAUUCAGAAGCUCCUUUGUUUGUUGUGGGAACUAGUAUUGGUGCUAACAUUUUGGUAAAAUAUCUUGGAGAAGACGGGGAGAAUGUCCCGAUUGCAGGUGCCGCUGCAGUUUGCUCUCCUUGGGAUCUUUUGAUUGGUUCUAGGUUCAUAUCUCGAAGGCUUAUCCAAAAGUUAUAUGAUAGAGCUCUUACUAUUGGUCUUCAAGGUUAUGCACAGCUCCAUGAAACCCGCUAUUCUCGACUUGCUAACUGGGAAGGCAUUAAAAAGAGGGAUUCGGAGGAUAAGCCGGCACGUUUCAUAUCUGCUCUCCUUGUGUUUGGAAGGUGCACGAUGAGAGGGUUAUGUCUGUUACUUUUGAAUAAAUUCUUAAGAGUUCUGGCGCGAAUACGAUUUUCCCAUUUUGAUAACCAACGUUGCACCCUACACUAG